GUGUUUCCGGUGGAACAGAAGGGGCCGAGGCUGGCACGGUUCCGGUCGCUGGAGUCUGCCCUUCUUGGGGACGAUGUUUUAUCACAUCUCCCUGGAGCACGAGAUCCUGCUGCACCCGCGCUACUUCGGUCCCAACUUGCUCAACACGGUGAAGCAGAAGCUCUUCACCGAGGUAGAGGGGACCUGCACGGGGAAGUAUGGCUUUGUAAUUGCUGUCACCACUAUUGACAACAUUGGUGCUGGUGUGAUUCAGCCAGGCCGAGGCUUUGUCCUUUAUCCGGUUAAGUACAAGGCCAUUGUUUUCCGGCCCUUUAAAGGGGAAGUCGUGGAUGCUGUUGUCACUCAGGUCAACAAGGUUGGACUCUUCACAGAAAUUGGGCCCAUGUCUUGCUUCAUCUCUCGACAUUCCAUCCCAUCAGAGAUGGAGUUUGAUCCUAACUCCAACCCACCAUGUUAUAAGACAAUGGAUGAGGACAUUGUGAUUCAGCAGGAUGAUGAGAUCCGCUUAAAGAUUGUGGGGACCCGUGUGGACAAGAAUGACAUUUUUGCUAUUGGCUCCCUGAUGGACGAUUACUUGGGGCUUGUGAGCUGAGCACGAGGGCUCCUACUUCGUUUGGUCCUGAUCAAGGAAGUGUGAGUGUCACACUUCCCAUGUUGUCCAAGAGGCCUUGUCUGGCUGCUGUUGGGGAGGCAAAGAAGGUUCCUUGUCCCUCAAAGACAUCUGGUGCUUCUUCCAGCUUAGCUGCUGCUCCCACAUUUUUGACUAUGUGUUUUAACCAUAAAAUGUCCUUGGUUCUCAUGGAA